AUGGGGUCGGGGCGGGGGGUGCGCGCGGCGCACGCGGCGGUGAGCGGGGCGCUGGCGCUGGCGCUGUUCGUGCACCGCACAGAGCUGCGGGAGCCGCUGCAGGCGCUGGGCUUCGCGGCGCUGGUGCUGGGCUCCGUGCUGCUGCACUGGGCCGUGUCCCUCAUGGACCCCGGCUUCGUCCCGCAGGCGGGGGUGAGCGAAGAGCAAGAAGCAAUGAUACCUCCGCUCCCAAAGACCGUUCAGCUACGGCGCUGUGGCUACUGCAUGGUGAAGCAACCAAUGCGAGCCAGGCACUGCCGAGUGUGUCAGCACUGCGUACGCCGCUUUGACCAUCACUGCCCCUGGAUUGAGAACUGCGUGGGAGAAAAGAAUCACCCGCUCUUUGUAGCCUACUUGGCUGUGCAGCUUGUGGUCCUGUUGUGGGCUGUUCACAUUGCUUGGUCAGGCCUUUAUUUCGAAGGGUCGUGGAAGUGGCUGAAGCACAACAUCUUCCUCCUCCUGUCCUUUGUCCUGAUGGUCAUAUUCACUGUGGUAGCGGUGCUGCUGCUGGCUUCCCACUUGUACCUGGUCUCAUGCAACACUACUACGUGGGAGUUCAUGUCCCGCCACCGCAUCUCCUACCUGCGACACUGUGAGACAGAGAACCCAUUUGAUCAAGGGCUCGUCCGCAACCUCUGGAGAUUUUUCUGUACCUGCCACCUUGUUGCAUGGGAAAAAAUGUAUUUCCAGGAAGACAGUGACCCUGUUUAAUUGUAGGAUGUAAAUUCAAGCAGGCUUUAAGGGUUGACUCAAAUGUAAUUACAAGAAGAAAGAAUUUAACUACAAAAUGAGCCCAAGUGCCUGAAGACUUUAAGCAAUUUACUGGUAGGACUGAAACUUCUGGGUUGCAGCACAAGUGCUGUCUUCAUUAGUUACUGCUUCCUUGCAGAGGGAUUGUACUCUGCAGUGGCCUAUGUGAUUGGUAGUAUGACUUACCUCAUCCACAGGAGCAAACCUCCUUAAAAACAGGAGCAAAAAAAGUGGCUCAGGUUUUACUCAGUACAUCCAGGUAACAACGGGCUUUGUUCUGGGCAUCCCCAAGAGAUUUCUGAUUUGAGUGGAAGCAAGACUCCUACUUCAGGUUGCUGAUUGAGGCAGUGUUAGCAAGAAUUGGUUACAAUUACAGCUCUCCUUUUUUUUUUUUUUUUUUAAACCUACUCUCUCCCUUCUCAAUUACUGCCCCCCCACCCCCAGGUAAAGCAGCAGGCAGAAAAGUUAAUUUCUGACAAACAGGCUAGAAUCAGUACAGUCCCUGUGACCUUUCUUCAGCAGGAUUCUGCCUGCCUUGCAAGCAGAGGUAGGCAAAUAAUAGGACAGUUUUGAAUAAAUAUUUGGACAAUGAAAAGCAAACUACAGUUCACUGCAUGCCACAGUGUUGUCCUUUCCACAAAGAUCUGAGGUUUACUCCCAAUAAUAUGCAUGAGAAAGUACUGUAAUACACUCAGUUCAAAAUACUGAGUCAGAGUUCAUGAUGGGUUGGGUUACUUGUAUCCAGCAAGUCACCAAAACAAUAUUAUUGACCUACAGAUAGGAAAAUGCAUUAACAAAAACUUCAGCUGUGAAUGAACAGAUCUGAACAUUUUAGGAUCCGUUUGUUCCGUGAACAGAAAAAUAAUAAUAUUUGUCUACUAGUUUGUUUAUGCACAAAACUCUUUGUCUUCUCACAUUUAGCUUGUUUGGGCAACAACUACCUCUAAAUAUUUUUCUUGUUAUUCUGUAAUGCUAUAUAGAGAAAUGUAAAUGGGAUGAGCAGAGGUAGUUUUUAACUAGUAACAGUGUGCUGCAGCUGCUGUUUUUUCUUACUUGCCCUUCUGGUAGUAAUAGUUUUAAAAUUAAUUUAUAAAGGAAAUCUCCAACACUAAUAAUACCUGUAAUACGUUUUCAACUUAAAAGAAGAGACAGAAGGCCCCCUUUUGUAUUUUAAGAGUUAAGAGGCAAAUCAAAUAAGUAGUGGCAAAAUUACUAGUUACUAAUCUUACCUUUAGAUUAAAAUGGAAAACUCAGUCCAGCAUUUUAAUCAGCACUGGGCACAUCUUAAUAACACUUUGCAGUAGCAUGCUAGGCAAAAACCAUGCUAAUAUGCUACCACAGGGGUUGUCAACCAGGGGUGGGGAGGGGUACACAUACCCCUGGAGGUACUUGGGAAGCCCCCAGGGCUACACAGCAAUGGCGCAGAAAAGUGGGGGGCAAGGCCACCAGCACAUUGUACCUUCAGCGCUUUUGUUUUUGCUGGCACCACUGGCAUUUCCAGCUUUGCCACCAUGCACCGCUGGCACUUCCAGUUUUGCUGCUGCAGGUGCACGGGGAACCCCCUGGUCAGCGGCCGGCCGCUGGGGGACUGUCCACUUCUUGACCAGCCACCAGGGGUACACGGACCAAAAAAGGUUGAAGACCCCUGUGCUACUGUGCAGUGUUAUUAGGCUACUGCACAGUAAGCAUCACAAAAAUACAUGUGCCAGCACUACUGUGCAGUAACUAUAGUUACUGUGCAUUUAGUUAGUACUUCAUUAGGCAAGUACCAAACUAAAUGCGCAGUAACUAUGGCGCAUUAAUGAAUGUGUAGAUGUGCCCACAGAGGGUGAAAUUAUGUGUUCAGUUUAAACGAACUGCACUCCCUUGUGGCAGUAAGCAAGAGGUGUACAAGUAAUCCCCAGCCUCAGAAAACUAAAUCUCUCUGCACUGAACCCGAGUCCUGAAAAUAUUUCUAAGCAUCCGAUUUUUUUAAAAACCUUGAAUAAAGUUUUGUGCCUUACUGUCUUUCCUGGCUCGGGGGUUAGCGCUUGACACGAGCCAAGUUGGCAGAACCUACUCAGGGUCCAACAUCAGUGGAUGCGUCUAUUUAAAAUGGAACGUGCAACAUCAGAGAAUCAUCGUAUUGAAAAAAGACAGCGGGAAAUUCUUGUUUCCAAGUCCAGAUCAAAUCUGUUCUUUUUACAAGUUAGAUGGCAAGUUUUUGUGUCUGCUCUGCCUUACUUGGGGUAGGACACACCCUCCUUACCAUGGUACCUGCUCACAGAAAUGGAUUCUUUCUGGAUUGUACACCACCAUAAGGAAGUAUUCUGCAGGACAAGUUGGUCUGUUUUGCUGAUGUAGUACCUACCAGAACAGACUCUACUUCAUACAGCACUACUAAUUGCAGCCAUCACCAAAAUAAAAAUGGUCAGCAGGUAUAACUGAACACAGACAACUUAGGUUCAGUGGGAACGUUUGUUUCUUAAAUGUAUCUGGUUGCAUUUGAAAGAUUUUUAAUUUAAUUAAUUAUUUUGUAAUGUAAAUCAAUAAAAGAUUAAGUCCA